CACCGGGCAGGACUCCGGGCAGCGGCACACCGGGCUGGACUCCGGGCAGAGGCACCAGGCGAAGCAGCAGGCAGCGGGCCACCAGGCGGAGCGGCAGGCACCGGGCCCCCGGGCGGGGCGGCAGGCACCGGGCCCCCGGGCGGGGCGACAGGCACCGGGCCCCCGGGGGCGGAGCAGCAGGCACCGGGCCCCCGGGCGGGGCAGCAGGCACCGGGCCCCCGGACGGAGCAGCAGGCACCGGGCCCCCGGACGGAGCAGCAGGCACCGGGCCCCCGGGCGGGCAGCAGGCACCGGGCCCCCGGGCGGGGCAGCAGGCACCGGGGCCCCCCGGGCGGGGCAGCAGGCACCGGGCCCCCAGGCGGGGCGACAGGCAUCGGGCCCCCAGGCGGAGCGGCGGGCAUCGGGCCCCCAGGCGGGGCGACAGGCAUCGGGCCCCCAGGCGGAGCGGCGGGCAUCGGGCCCCCAGGCGGGGCGACAGGCAUCGGGGCC